UCCGCUUGAAUGAUAUAGCGUUUCGUGUUUGCAACAGUCGUGACGUAUGGAGGAUAUAAAUUAACAAUGGUAAAUUUGCCGAUCGGCUUAUUAUUGGCAAAAUAAAUGCUUUUCAAAAUCUAGUCGAUCGAGGAAAUUAAAUGCUUUAUUUUCGAAAAGUUUCAGCGCAAUAAAUUGUUUUGUACUGUCAUAUCGUGCAAAUGGUAAUUUCAGAGACUCUUGAAUGUUACAAUUGUUCCAUCACUAGUGGUGAUGUAAAUGACUGUUUCAACACUACCCAAUGCCAAAACGGUCAGUCGUGCUAUAUGAAUUUAAAACAGAAAGGGAAUUCACCACAGUACACUCUAGGUUGCAUUAAUAAUCAGAUUUGUGGUUCUCCUUCUAGUGCAGUAGGUGAACUUAUUGGACGAGACCUCAUAGACCGUCAAACUCAAGACUGUCACGAAUGUUGCAGCACCGAUAACUGUAACAAACACCUAUGUGAACAUUUAAAACCUUCGUCAUGUAUUGACGAUGCAAAGGCGGAUUGUCCCUGGUUGAACUCAAUCUUCAACAUAUGCCAGGAUAUUCACAAUGCAAAAUCCGUUUGUCCAAAGUUCUGUGGACUCUGCUCAUUAGGUAGGUGUAUAUUUGAGUCCAUCUCGAAUUUGUAG